AUGGAACAACUAAAGACGCAGAUCCAGCCUUUAGCGCAGCAGCUAAAGGCCCAAAUUGAACCGUAUGCGGAACAGAUCCGGACUCAAAUUGGACCGUAUGCGGACCAGUUGAAGACGCAGAUCCAACCAUACGCAGAACAGGUUUUGAAGAAGACAGAAGCGUACUCGUGGAUCAAUUUGCACGUUCCAUCCGUGGCGCAUCCUUUCGGUUUGGAGCUGUGGCCCAUUUUCAGCAAGGCGUUCGAAAAGUACGCUGGAUACCCUGCGGAGGAUUUUGAUUUUAUCUACAACAAGACGUUCAUGGCCAACGGGUACCAGGCCAUCGGCGUGAUUAUCGUUUACUACAUUGUUAUUUUUGGUGGACAGGCUAUUCUACGUGCAUCCAACGCGUCCGCUGUGAAACUGAGCUUUUUGUUUCAGCUUCACAACUUGGUUUUGACUUCCGUGUCGUUGGUCCUAUUGCUGUUGCUGGUCGAGCAAUUGGUGCCCAUGGUUGCGGAACACGGCUUGUUCUGGUCCAUCUGCUCCAAGGAUGCGUUUGCGCCUAAACUGGUGACUUUGUAUUACCUGAACUACUUGACCAAAUACGUGGAACUGAUCGAUACCGUGUUUUUGAUCUUGAAGCGCAAAAAGCUCUUGUUUCUCCACACUUAUCACCACGGUGCCACCGCUUUGUUGUGCUACACCCAAUUGACCGGUAGAACCUCUGUUGAAUGGGUUCCAAUCAGUUUGAACUUGGGCGUCCACGUGGUCAUGUACUGGUACUACUUCCUAAGUGCUCGUGGCAUCAGAGUGUGGUGGAAAGAGUGGGUUACAAGAUUCCAAAUCACUCAAUUUCUGAUCGAUUUGGUUUUUGUGUAUUUCGCCACUUACACUUUUUACGCCCACAAGUACUUCGACAGUAUUUUGCCCAACAAGGGCACCUGUUACGGCACCCAGGACGCUGCUGCCUACGGAUACUUGAUCCUUACUUCUUACUUGGUGCUUUUCAUCUCAUUCUACAUUCAGAGCUACCGUAGAGGUGCUUCCAAGAAGAAUGCCGCUGUUCGCGCCGCUGCUCAAGUCGCCGAGCAGGCCACUACCGCUGCUACCACCGGAAACAACGUCCAUGCCACCAAGGCGACUUCCAGAAAGGCUUAA